AAACACCAAUUGAUUUCUUCAAUCUCCGUUCAUCGUUGUUGUUGUUGCCUUGGACACGGCAGGGUUAAUUUCCCAGGGGAACAAGAACAUCAAUAAUGGCGGCGGCAGGCGGCGUUUCUUGCGGUGGAAACGUUUGUCUUCAACGCCAAGAACCCUCCCAUCUCUUCAACUCCCAUAACCCAUACGCACGUCCAAGUUCUUUCAUGGUUUCAAAUCCACAAUCGUUGAAACCGAGACCGCCGACCAAGAUCUCCACAUCCAAGGUAAAUCUCCAACCGUUGCCCAAACAACAAGAGAAGAAAAGUAACGAAUUGCUCUACCAUAAGAUCGACGAGUGGAUGAGAGAUUCAGUCGCCGAUAUCGUCAAAAAUUUAUCGGAAUCGCCUCUAUUGGUCCACGUGUACUCCGAAGACGACAACACGACGAGAACCAGAACGGAAAAAGCCGAUGAAAGCAACUGGGUUUCGGUGAAACAAAAAUGGGAGAAAGGUGAGAGUCCAAUGCCUGAUGGGGUGAUUUUUGUAGAGCAAAUACAGGAAGAAGAAGAUGAUGAUGAAAAGGGCGAUGCGUGUUGCAGGGCAUGGGGGAUUGUGGUACAAGGCCAAGGGCGUGGGCGUGGGCUUGCUCCGGCCUGCUAUCUGUUGAAGACUUGUAGAGCGAGUUCGGGGCUAGGGGUAAAUUGCACCCAUUUUUGUUUGGUGAAGGUUCAGAGUUUCAGGGAAACUGCUUUUUCUCAGCUCAAGAAUUGUUGGCUGUUGCAGGGGAAUUCAACCUAAAUGAACACAUUUGAUUCUUUUUUCUUC